GCUAUCGAUCGACCGAUGAUGCAUUCGACCAAAUCAGCACUGCUCCUGCUCUUCCUGGCCAUCAGCUCCUCGUGUGUGGUGGCCACACCCAAUCCGGAGCUGUUGGAGAGCAUCUUCGAGGGCAUCAACAGGACCGGCCAGACGAUCAUCAGCGGAAUUGUGGAUGCCACCAAGAACGGCACCGCCAUCGCCGGCGAGUUUCUCGAGAGCCUGAGGAACUCCAGUGCACAGUACACCCACGAAACGGUGGAGUUUGCCCAAAGGAUAGCCGAUGCUGUCCAUAAAGCGGCCACCAAAGGACUCGUCGAUUUCUCCUCCGCCCUGAGAGCUGCCAUCUCAUCGAUUCACAGCGAGAUUGAUCGCGUGCGAAAUGUCCUGAAGCGAAAGGCUCUGAAGGAUGCCCUCGUCCGUUUGCAGGAGGUGGAUGCCGCCGCCACCGAUCUGGAGGUGGCCGUCAACAAUCUGAACGAUCAGCUGGAGGAGAAGAAGCAGAAGUACGCCCUGGAGAUCCAGGAGAACUGGAGCAACUGGGCCGCCGCUCAAUUGGAUCGCGUUGAUCAGCAGACGAACGGAGUGGGCAACGAGGAGGCGGAGGAGAUCCUCGACGAGCUGGUCAACCGGUACUCCGGCUAUCUGCACAGCUGCGUGGAGGAUCUGCAGGCCAGGCAGGCCAUCUUCGAGCGGAAUGUCCACCAGGCGGUGGUCAAGUACCACAAUGCCACCGACAACCUGAGCGCCCAAAUCGAACGCUGCCUGCAGUCCAGCUUGGGCAUCCUCUCCUGCAACAGUGGCAUCAACAAGGCGCUGCAAGGACUCGAGUCCGCUCCCGCUGAUCUGAUCAGCCUGAAGCUCCAGGGACUGCGACUCCUGGCCAUUGGACUCGAUGCCAGCGGCUGUGUGGGCCAAACCCUGCUCGACCACGAGCUGGAGAAGCCGGCGAUUGAGCGGUUGCUGGACGAGAUCAUCCGGAAGUACCUGCAGGAGCAGGAGUCCUCCACCGAUGAGGACGACGAGGACUCCACCACCGCUGAGGCGGACGAGGAUUCGACCACCGCGGACGGCUCUGGUUCAGAGGAUAACUCCAGCGGCGACUCCAGUAGCUCCGGUUCCGGUUCCGAUUCCAGUAACUCCGGUUCCAGUAACAGCGAUUCCAGUAACUCCGACUCCAGUAACUCCGACUCCAGUAACUCCGAAUCCAGUAACUCCGAAUCCAGUAACUCCGAUUCUAGUAACUCGGAGUCCAGUAACCUGACUCCUCGAGUUCAGAUUAAUCAGACAAUCGUAUAUUAAUUAGUCAGGUGUGGGUUAAUAGCAGCAUAAUAAAUUAUUUUAAUGCAACAAAA